ACUUCAUUGUUUAUGAGUGAAAUCAAGGUUUAUUUUUUGUCAUUUGAAGUACUAUUUUAUUAAUACUCUUCACUUUUUUUUUAAAUCAAUAUUGUUGCUAUGGCUACCCUAGUGCCCUAGUGGGGUGAGUAAGUUUCCUAGACGAUUAACAGCUCAAAAAGCUUUCAAAUGUUUUAUACUAUUUCUUUUGAUUGUGAGGUUGAUUUAGAUCCAUCGCAUGAUUCAGAUAGUGGUAGUUUUAGAGGACUUAAUUUAUAGCAGUGAAAAUUAUGUAUGCCUACAUCAAAGUGUUUUGGGGAAAAAAAAAGUUUUGCAUUCAUGUUUUUACAUUUAAGUUUCUUUUUUGUUACUUAUUUCACUUAAACUGAAGAAAUAAGUUUAGAAAUACAUAGUCCUUUCAAUUAUCUUUCAUUUGAUACCAAAUCUAUCCUUAUAAACCAAACGGUAAUUUUUUAAAUAUAACCAACCUCUCACUCUUUUUCGCUCUUUGAACAAAAAUGUCAAGUUUUUCAUUAAAAAAAUUAUGCAGCAAAAGAGUAAAGUGGAUUUUGUUACUAUAAUGUUCUAAUUUUUUAAUGUGACGUCACAUUGAUUUAACACCUUGUCACAUAUUGUCACAAAAAUAUGACUCCCCUCCCUCCCAAUUCAUUUAAGAAUUGCCAAUGACUAAACUAGUAAUUUGUAAAUAUUAAAUAAAUAUUGUAUUGAAAUUUAUUUUAAUUGUCUUUCAUUUUUUUUUAAAAUAUUCUUUUUCAAAUUCUAGUUUAACACUAAAAUCUAGAAUAUAAUACGAAAUACUGUUAAUCAUAGUAAUUAAAAUAGAUUAGUAGCAUUCAUACCCAUGAUGCCCAUAGUCAAAGCCUUCAAAUUCAAGUAUGCGAAUGUUGAUUAGUAAUAUUAAUGCUAUAUAGUAUUAGUAAUGGUAAAGGAUGGUCAGUAAUGGCUUAUCAUCAUCAUUGGUGCUUAAGCCCAUGUGUCAUGAUGUAGGGCCCUGGUCUUCUCCACCACAUCCUUCCAUUUAGGAUUGAUUCAUGGCCGACACACAGUUGGUUUAAGUCCCUCUCUACAUCAUCAGUCCAUCUCCAAGGUGAUUAGCUUUCGUAACAUUGGAUGUUUAAGGUGAGAUGGUCAUCAGCCCUGUGCACAACCAUCUUGAAGGAUGCCCUUAAUUUGCAGCUCUCGGGGAAGCUUCCUUUGUUUUGGAUCAGGUUCCUGUCAUUUGUGGAUCCCUGCACUUCCAACAAGGUAGUAGGUUCUGAUUUUGGUCCACCCCGGCCAUUUUAUUUCUCCUGCCAUAUCUAUGCCUUUUCCCUAUUUGCCACGUGUGGAGAUGCUCGAUGAGAGAUCAGUAUGUCCACACAAGUCAGUAAUGGUUACUAAUGCCAAAACAAACAAAAAAGCCAGUGUUCAUUUUUUCCCCUUGUUUAUUAUCUUAAACGUAAACAGUAUUUGUUGUUCAAGUUAUGCUAAUGCUUUAUGGAUUUCCCAACCAUUUCUAUAUUCUGCACCCCCAAUGAAUUGUUUUGACUGUCUUGUACCCCCUACAUUGCCCUACCCACGUAAUAAUGCAUAUUGAAAUUAGAAGAAAAUUGCAAUUGUUUUUUAAUUAUUAAGUAAGUAAAGAACUUAGAAAAUAUACUUAGUAAUAUUAAUAUAUAUAUAUAUAUAAUGUGUAUAUAUAUAAUGUGUAUAUAUAUAUAUAUAUAUAUUAGCUAUAAACAUUUAUGUUAUACCUUAAAAUGUUAAAAGUCAGGGGCUUCUUUGUUCUUAAUAAAAAUUACUUCUCCUCGCAUCCCCUGAAAUGACACCUUUCAAGCUCAUUAGUUGGGAAACCCUGCAAUGUAUAGCAACCAAAAUUUGAGUGAACAAAACAGAAUGUUGAACAAAUCACAACACAAGUCAUCUCCUUUGACUCCCAUAUUUUCUUUAAUAGUACACAUGCUAACCAAGCCUUUCCAAUACUAGCCCUGACAUCUGCUUCGGAUCCACCAUUUAUGUCAAUGGUGCUGCUUAAGUAUGUAUGCAUUUCCUACCAGAGAAAUAUGCUCUUGGUUGGCUGAGUUUACCUUCAUGAUCUUUCUCUUGCUUUUAGUUUUAAUUAGUCUGAGCUGUGCUGAAAUGGUAUGGCAUGCAAGUUAUAUUUCAAAGCCUGGCUUUGUUCAGUGUAUGUCAUGCAUGUUACAUUUAGUCUUUUCUUGCAUUUGUUGCUGGUUGUGGGACAGAAGUGUAAUGUCAUCUGAAAAGUCUAGGUCAUUUAGUUUUUCCCAGGGUGUUCACUUUAUCCCGUUCCUCUUGUUGUCUGUGGAUUUUGUUCAUUAUCCAGUCAAUGGCAAUGAUGAAUAGGAAAGGGUACAAGAGACAUCCUUGUCCGACUCUUGUUUCCACUUUAAAAGCGUCAGUGAGUCUACCUACGUGUACCAACCACCCUGCAUGUAAUUUCUUCAUAAGAACUCAAAAUGAUCCUGACUAGUUUUUCCUGGUGCCCCAUAAUGCCGGAGAAGUUUCCACAAGGCUGGUCGAUCCAGGCUAUCGAAGGCCUUUUUGUAGUCGAUAAAAUGUAUAGUAUACAAGGGGGAAAUUCCAUUCGAUGGACUGUUCGAUGGAAGGAUCCGUAGUGCUGCAAUUUGAUCUGUGCAUGAUCAGUUUCAAAGAAGCCAGCCUGUUGAUCUUGUACUUCUUUUUAAACCUAUUUAGAUGCUGGUCAAGGCACACACACAAAGUUUGGGGAAACAUUCUCCAGUAGGCUGAAAAAUGGAACUCAUAAAUAUGAUGAACAUUGUCUUGCUCUAACCAAUUGAAAGAUAUUUGAAUGCAUUUGUGUAUUAUUUUGCGAAAUUUUGGAAUAGGCAUUUCAUCACACUUCAAAGUAAUCAAAGUAAGGAAUUCUGAUUUUGAUAACAACAGCUGGUCCAAUGACCCAUCAUUUGCGAUUAUGAAGUAAUUAUGGUGAUACCUUUAACUUUCUCAGAAUAAAAAUGACAAUAUUUGUGUUAACACUGAGGUAAACAAACUAUUCCGGAAGAAUAUCUCACCAUGUUCAGUGUAUUGCAUGCAAGUUACAUUUCAAAGCCUGGCUUUGUUGUUCAGUGUAGGGCAUGCAAGUUAUAUUUCAAAGCCUGGCUUUGUUGUUCAGUGUAUUUCAUGCAAGUUACAUUUGAAAGCCUGAUUUGUUGUUCAGUGUAUUUCAUGCAAGUUACAUUUGAAAACCUGGCUUUGUUGUUCAGUGUAUGACAUGCAAGUUACAUUUGAAAGCCUGGCUUUGUUGUUCAGUGUCUGGCAUGCAAGUUACAUUUGAAAGCCUGGUUUGUUGUUCAGUGUCUGACAUGCAAGUUACAUUUCAAAGCCUGGCUUUGUUGUUCGGUGUAUUUCAUGCAAGUUACAUUUGAAAGCCUGGCUUUGUUGUUCAGUGUAUAGCAUGCAAGUUACAUUUGAAAGUCUGGCUUUGUUGUUCAGUGUAUAGCAUGCAAGUUACAUUUGAAAGCCUGGCUUUAAUGUUCAGUGUAUAGCAUGCAAGUUACAUUUGAAAGCCUGGCUUUGUUGUUCAGUGUAUAGCAUGCAAGUUACAUUUGAAAGCCUGGCUUUGUUCAGUGUAUGGCAUGCAAGUUACAUUUGAAAGUCUGGCUUUGUUCAGUGUAUAGCAUGCAAGUUACAUUUCAAAGCCUGGCUUUGUUGUUCAGUGUAUGGCAUGGAAGUUACAUUUCAAAGCCUGGCUUUGUUCAGUGUAUAGCAUGCAAGUUACAUUUCAAAGCCUGGCUUUGUUGUUCAGUGUAGGGCAUGCAAGUUAUAUUUCAAAGCCUGGCUUUGUUGUUCAGUGUAGUUCAUGCAAGUUACAUUUGAAAGCCUGGCUUUGUUGUUCAGUGUCUGGCAUGCAAGUUACAUUUCAAAGCCUGGCUUUGUUGUUCAGUGUCUGGCAUGCAAGUUACAUUUCAAAGCCUGGCUUUGUUGUUCAGUGUAUUUCAUGCAAGUUACAUUUGAAAGCCUGGUUUGUUGUUCAGUGUAUUUCAUGCAAGUUACAUUUGAAAACCUGGCUUUGUUGUUCAGUGUAUGACAUGCAAGUUACAUUUGAAAGUCUGGCUUUGUUGUUCAGUGUCUGGCAUGCAAGUUACAUUUCAAAGCCUGGCUUUGUUGUUCAGUGUCUGGCAUGCAAGUUACAUUUCAAAGCCUGGCUUUGUUGUUCAGUGUAUGACAUGCAAGUUACAUUUCAAAGCCUGGCUUUGUUGUUCAGUGUAUAGCACGCAAGUUACAUUUGAAAGUCUGGCUUUGUUGUUCAGUGUAUAGCAUGCAAGUUACAUUUGAAAGCCUGGCUUUGAUGUUCAGUGUAUAGCAUGCAAGUUACAUUUGAAAGCCUGGCUUUGUUCAGUGUAUGGCAUGCAAGUUACAUUUGAAAGUCUGGUUUGUUCAGUGUAUAGCAUGCAAGUUACAUUUCAAAACCUGGCUUUGUUGUUCAGUGUAUGGCAUGCAAGUUACAUUUCAAAGCCUGGCUUUGUUCAGUGUAUAGCAUGCAAGUUACAUUUCAAAGCCUGGCUUUGUUUGCGAUUUUUUUCAUUGACGUUCGGGCCAGUGGGCGAGCCAUCUUUAAAUGAUUAUUUCGCCUCAGUUAAUCUGUCCAAAUAAGACACUUACAGUUGAAUUUAAGAGAUCAGGCCUUCUUGAAAGAAUUCCACGUCCUCAGGGCUGACUCGUGGAGAGCUAAUGCUUGGGAAAAUUGGGUAAAUUAGAUUCAGUUUUGUCUUAAAGAUAUCAAUGUUUCUCAGCUUUCAAUGAUCUAUCGGGAGGGAUAGACGCCUGGGUCCGUGAUAUUUCGGCCGCUUCUACAGUCUACACGACAAUAAACCUUGGGUAUGAAAUCGCUACUUAAACUUACAGAUUUUUGUCCCUUACCGAAAGUUUCCCAGCUUUAGUGACCUACAAAAAAAAAAAGGUCAAACAACCUCAUAGCGUUCACAGUUAAAACAGUCACUAAGUUAGUUAGUGACCAACACGGCCCUUUUUCUUUGUUGAGAACAAGACGCCUCACAUUAGCACCAGCCUCUUGGGCCAUCAUGUAUCAUUAUCAUCUCAGCUUAGCCCGGCCAUCAACCAUCCUUAGAAAUACCAUUACUUUGUCAGAAAUGACAGAUAUCUAACAAGGCUCGGGUUGUUGUGUUUUUUUCAAAUGUGUUUUGUCGUUUGAUAUAUUAUGGUGGGUUGGGGGGGGGGGGGGGGGGGGGGGGGGGGGGGGGGGGGGGGGGGGGGAGGGGUCCAAACGUGUUCAGAAUAAAGGGCUGUCUUCAGAGAUGUGUAGAGUGUAGAUUAGACUCAAACUACAAGCAAGUAUAUCCGCUAGUGCAUCUCCACUUAUACAUUAACAUUUGUUUAUGAAACCCACAGAGAUCAUAGAAAUUCUGAAUGAUUGGAUGAAUUAAUAUGGCGUUUAAGAUAUAACAUUCACUCAGACCGGUGAGAAAAGGGGGAGGGGAGGAGGGUGUAUUUUUUAUUUUAUUUAUACAAUGGACACCGAUGGUAUCUUAAUAACGUCUAGACUUAAGUAAAAUAUUUAUGAAAAUAUUCGAGUCAAGACUAGUGACAAUACUAAACAUUCAUGGAAACUCCUUCCAAAGUGUAUGUGACCCUCGUAUCUUUAGACCUCCUGGUUUGAAGGCGGCGAUGGCCUAGAUCAAUCUUAACUCUUUCACAAAUUUAUAUCCAUUUUUUACUAGACGCUGUGGUUGAUUAGAUGACAAAAAACAAGCACUACUUUAAAUACAAAGAAUGUCAAGGUCCACGUCAUCAACACACAGUCGGAGUUGUAUCAAACAUCAUUUUGCUCUGACAGUGCGGCCUCUGUGCUACAUGCCUUGUGGAGGCGACCCAUUUCAACUUCGUCAUGGCAAGCAAUGCUUUACAAGAGAAACCUGUGGGCCGUUAAUUGAUGCCUACUUGACCUAACAGCGUUAGCCGUGAAAGGGAGCUAAAGCUCUGACUUGACCAAAGUUAUCCUUCAUGUACACUGCUGGUGAUGCUCAAUUUGUCUGUGGUACCCUGCCCCUCGAAAAUAUUCGCAUUGAACUAGUUUUAAAAAAUCCUUAGCACACUGUCCAUCGCUCGACAUCGGCAGUUAAUAACAACAUUUAUUUUCAUUCUAAGUAGUUGACUCCGUAUUUCACCGUUUUAAAGAUUCCGUGGAUCGAUAGAAGAUAAAGAUCGUAACACAAUCUGGGACAUUUUUUGAGAACCGCUGUACUCGUAUUCGACGUGUCUGUCACAGGGAGCUCAGCACUGCCCAACAGAAAAUCAAUAGUUGUCAUUAAUCAUGCUAGGUUUAAAUGGCUAAAAAGGUUUUUGUUUCAUAUAAUUAUAGACUUCAUUUAACGAUGGAAGCAGUAUUUCUUAAAAUGUGUUUGGAGGGGGGGGGGGGGGGGGGUAGUGGGGUUUGCGGGCGCCAGAUGUUCUGGUAGGCGGUGGCCUAAGAAGGAGGUGGUUUGCCCCGGGCGCCAUUUUUCUACAUUUUUAUGCUGGGGCGGAAUAAAUGCCUGUUUCGGGCGUCCUCUUGACCGACUCCUACGCAAUCACUGCUCUUCUUCUUCUGGCACCGUUGUCUAGGGCAGGGGUCCACAAAAAUAGUUUUAUAAGGACCGGUAGAACUAUCUUGUAGAGCUCGGGGGAGAGGGGGGGUUGGUUGUGCCAAAAUUAUGGAGGCUUAUAUGCAGGGCCGGCCUUAGGCCACUGCAACCUAUGCGGCCGCAGUGGGCCCCGCACUUUACCUUCUAAUACAAAAUCUUAAUUUUCACUUAUUAUCCUUAUAAGUUAUCCCUACCCGCGCAAUCCGUUUCGCAUAGGGCCCCGCAAUUGUUAGGGCCGGCCCUGGUUAUAUGUAUGAUCAUGAUAUCUGAACAUUUCUUAUUCAUCAAAAAAGUAAUAUUUUAAAAAAAUAUAUAAAUUAUAAAAGAAAGUGUAAAAAAAUAAAAAUUUAAAAAAAAAAAAAAAAUAAAAAAAAAAGUGUAAAAAAAAAAAAAAAAGAAGAUAAAAUGUAAUAAGAAAUUUGUCACUACCUGACACAGUCAGAAUACAUCAAGAUGUUUUCAGAGAUGAAAUACGUGAAUCUGGUUACAGACCAGCAGUAUCGGAAAGAGCACUUGCUGAUAGCUUGGAAGACAUGGAAUUGUUAACUUUGGGACUCAACUGAAGAAAGUUGAGUCCAAAAAAUCACCAGUUUCACUGAUGGAGAAAAAACGAUUGUGUAAGUCAUGUUAUUACCAUCUUAUCCUAAUUGAUAUAGAACCCCAUUGUCUUCGUUCACUAGUAAAUGUAGACCACUGAUUUCCAUUUGAGUUUUAGCAACAAAACAGUCAAACGGUUUGACAAGAUUCUUAUGUUGCUCUAUUGCAUUGCAAUCCUGAUCGGAAAAUGGUCCUAAAACUUACGGGACAGAAAUCGAGGGUGCCGAUGGCUCCUCCCGCCUCAGAAAAUGUUUGAUAAAUUUAAAAUUCAGAGCCUAUAAUAGGUUCAUUAUGGCGUAUAUCUGAGUUCAGUAUUUUUUUCAGACAAUUGGAUCCGGGGAGUGGGGCCAUGUGGGGGGGGGGGGAGCGUGGGGGCUGACGGGGGAAUCUAUCAGCUCGAAAAUCGCCACCCGGAUUUUGAAAGAUGCGUAGUUUUGUUGCAAUAGUAUCCGGUUCUGAAACUGCUUUUUCAAGUCCCAACGUCCUUUAUUAUGGCGUAUAUCUGAGUUCAGUAUUUUUUUCAGACAAUUGGAUCCGGGGAGUGGGGCCAUGUGGGGGGGGGGGAGCGUGGGGGCUGACGGGGGAAUCUAUCAGCUCGAAAAUCGCCACCCGGAUUUUGAAAGAUGCGUAGUUUUGUUGCAAUAGUAUCCGGUUCUGAAACUGCUUUCUCAAGUCCCAACGUCCUUGCACAAACUCUCGUGGGAAUGCGCCUGUUACUAAUUGCGCGAGUUUUUCACAGCAUGGAUAUUGAGCGAAGCAACUCCUCAUCAAUUAGCAUUCGAAAGGAAUUAUAGUCUUAAGCUGAAUAAAUGCUUUCACAUUUGUGUGCAUGUCAGAGACAAGCUUGGUUUCGCCUUUUAGUAUGAGAUUCAAUUCUUUCACACGAUUGAUAAAAAUCUACAUAAAGCCUAAUGUUCAAAGCCAUUUACUUUUUUUUGAAGUAACAAUUGAAUCAACAUUUCUUUUCUUUUAAGAAAAUCUUACUCUCAGCUAUCUGUUGAAAAAAACAAAAAAACAAACAACAUGAAAGUGACAAAAAUCUUCUCACAACUGAUCCAUGCUAUGCACAAACAAUAGUUCUUCUGUCACUUCUAAAUCACUAUGUGACUUCACGGGUGGGAUAAACUGAAUUCAAGGGCCGUAUGUGACCCGCGGACCGUAGUUUGCCGACUUCUGAUGUAUACAACUGGGAGAAAAAGGUUAGCAUUCAAAUUCAAUAUUCAGAUGGCUUUCAUACUAAUAAGUUGUAAUUUGCAGUCAAAAUACUCGCUCCGAUUCUUUGAAAACACCUGGAAUGAGUAGUAUAUGGGGAUGAAAUGAAAGAGAGCUUUAUACCAUUAAUACCAGUCAUAGGAAAUUCGAGCAUUAGCAAAAUGAAAUGUAAGUCUCCCAGUCGCAUGAUGCGGGAACAGUAGCAAUGUGAAGUGCAUGUCUACUACCCACAUGACGCUGGAACAGUGGCGCUAUGAAGUGCAUGUCUACUACCCACAUGCCACUUGAGCAGUAGCAAUAUGAAGUGCAUGUCUACUACCCACAUGCCAUUUGAGCAGUAGCAAUGUGAAGUGCAUGUCUACUACCCACAUGCCAUUUGAGCAGUAGCAAUGUGAAGUGCAUGUCUACUACCCACAUGCCAUUUGAGCAGUAGGAAUAUGAAGUGCAUGUCUACUACCCACAUGCCAUUUGAGCAGUAGCAAUAUGAAGUGCAUGUCUACUACCCACAUGCCACUUGAGCAGUAGGAAUAUGAAGAGCAUGUCUACUACCCACAUGCCACUGAGCAGUAGCAAUAUGAAGUGCAUGUCUACCACCCACAUGCCACUUGAGCAGUAGCAAUAUGAAGUGCAUGUCUACUAGCAACAUGCCACUUGAGCAGUAGCAAUAUGAAGUGCAUGUCUACCACCCACAUGCCACUGAGCAGUACCAAUAUGAAGUGCAUGUCUACUACCCACAUGCCACUGAGCAGUACCAAUAUGAAGUGCAUGUUUACUAGCCACAUGACGCUUGAGCAGUACCAAUAUGAAGUGCAUGUCUACUACCCACAUGCCACUGAGCAGUACCAAUAUAAAGUGCAUGUUUACUAGCCACAUGACGCUUGAGCAGUAGCAAUAUGAAGUGCAUGUUUACUAGCCACAUGACGCUUGAGCAGUAGCAAUAUGAAGUGCAUGUCUACUAGCCAGUUGAGCACUAGCAAUAUGAAGUGCAUGUCUACUAACCACAUGCACCUUGACCAAUAGUGAAUCCAAUAAAGUAUACGUCUUUAAUUCAACCAAAUACUGAAUCAUUAAUAUGACGAGCCCCCUUUCAGCCAUUCACCGCACAGGUCAGCUCUUCGGUUGUCGCCAAUGCUGGACCAGACUACCGAUUUAUUAGGAUCGUCACGUGAUUGUGUCCGAGGUGUUUUGAAGGAACAGAUAUUGUUACUUACGUCUUACUUAACCAUUGUUGCUUUUAAAAAAGCAAAUAUAUAUUUAUUUAUUUUUUACUCUCUUUGGGUACUGCACACCUCCCCAGGGUUUCGACAAUGGUACGUGCCGGCGUCACAUGUGAAAAUCAUCAGAUCUCAACUUGUUACCUGUUUCUUCAAACCAAAUAUUUUGAGGUUAAAAUAUGCUGUUGCAUCGUUGCUGUUUGCCUUUUCUUAAUGUUGAACUGCACGCGGGCGUACCAGCUCCUUGUCAUAUUACGGCACUGCGACAUGAAGCCGCGCAUCACCCCCCCUCCCCCCCCUUUUUUUUUUUAAACGCGUCAGCUCCCUGCGAAGUCUGGCGAAAAAAAAAACGCUCAUUUUAUAAAUAUAAGACAAGCGAAUUACCUUUGUUCUUUCAUAACAGACCAAUCCUGGUGGACGCACGGUUUUCUGUUCUACUUGUUUCUCAGUUAAAGGGAAGUACAUGUCGUUAAGGGUAUUGUUUGUGUUGUGUUUAGCUUUGAGCCAAAUGCAAAUAUUAAUAUUAUCUUAAAGUUCAUGGUUUCUGUAGGCGUUUUUUGGUGUUUUUGUUGUUGUUUUUUUUACCGAAAGAUGCGCCAGUGGUUCCUUACACGACCGGAUUACUCAAGCGGGCCCGAGUGUGCAGACCUUCCUAUUUCAUCGUCUGCUCAUAUUUAUAACAGACAGUUUUGUUAUAAAUUAUGGUUGUAAUAGUAUAGGCCCUUUAUGAGAAGGCUUCGUGGGUUGUGACCAGGUCCACCAAAUGAUUCUAUUCGGAACUGCUUCUGAAGCAGAAUUUCAAUAACCCCCCCCCCCCACCCCGAGAGUACGUCUGUUUGUUCUCCAGCAAAUGUUUCUAUUCGGACCUGCUUCUGAAGCAGAAUUUCAAUAACCCCCCCCCCCCCACCCCGAGAGUACGUCUGUUUGUUCUCCAGUUGUUAGAAUAUAUUUUGUUGCAACAUUACCAUUAGUUUAAUCAUUGAAACAACUUUUCCGGACUUUGCUUGUGGUGACGGAUGCAAAUCAAGGCACCGUGUUAUUACUGGGAAAGUGAAAUAUACUCUUUUUUUUUUUCCUUCAGGGGAUCCUGCAUAAGGCAUCUACACUUGCAGCCUAUUGCAAUAGUUUAUCAUUACAGAUAUCCUAUCCCAGUAGUAGCCUACCCGUUUGUCUUAUCCUGGCCUGUAAAGCCUUCUCACAUAAUCUACCCCAGUAAUACCCACAAGUCUUAUCUAGACCUGUAUAGCCUUAUCACAUAACCUACCUCAGUAAUACCCAUAAGUCUUAUCCUGGCCUGUAAAGCCUUCUCACAUAAUCUAUCCCAGUAAUGCGCAUAAGUCUUAUCCUGGCCUGAACCUUCCCCAGUAAUACCCAUAAGUCUUAUCUAGACCUGUAAAGCCUUAUCACAUAAACUACCCCAGUAAAAACCUAUAUGGCCUGUAUAGCCUUAUAAUGGAGUAGAGCUAUUUUUUUUAUCAUCUAUUGUAUAUUGUGAAAUCGACCAUUCUUUUUUUUUUCUUUCCCAUCCAGACCUGAGACGUGUCUAGGUUUAACUCAUCAUGUCUGACUCUGAGAGGAAAAGCCAUGUCACGGUUCAUUGGUUUCGUCAUGGCUUACGCCUGCAUGACAACCCAGCUCUCCUGGAUGGCCUUGAAGACUGCCGGGAAUUCUAUCCAGUGUUCAUUUUUGAUGGCAGUGUUGCAGGUAACCAGUUGGAGUCCUACCAUGAGAAAAGUGCCAGACGGCUCUACUUUUCAUUCGUCUUAUGAGACAAGUAUUAUCUUUCAUACAGAAACAUUUAAAUUUUCUUUUUUUUAAUUGUAUUUAUUAUUUUGAUUAUUAUGUUUUAAACACAGUUUUUACAAGAUUUUCUGGUAUUUACCAGGUACUUCCAAUGUUGCACUGCCCAGAAUGCAAUUUCUCCUUGAAACUCUUAAAGACCUUGAUGACAACCUAAAGGGCCUUGGAACUCGUUUGUAUGUCUUCAAGGGUGACCCUGUAGAAGUGUUUGAUAAACUGAUUGAGGUAACUUGUAAUUAAGGUUUUUUUUUUUUUUAAACAAUUUUUACCACACAAAAUCUGGCUUCAAUUUUCAAAAUUCAAGUAAAUAUAUUCAAAUCUCUCAGUGACUUUCAGAAAAAUAAAUUACUUUUAAGUGAAUUAAACAUGUAUUCUGUUAUAUUCAACUAAAGCACUAUUUUGCCCAUGAAGCCAGACUUAUGGGGCUCUCAGGGUUAAACCAAAUUAGUGAUAACUAUUUGGACCAAGACAAUACACUUGGACAAGGACAAUAUGCUUGAACCAGGACUAUACACUUGGACUAGGACAAUACACUUGGAUCAGGACAGUACACUUGGACCAGGACAAUAUGCUUGGACUGGGACCAUACCCUAUGACCAGGACAAUAUGCUUGGACCAGGACAAUAUGCUUGGACCAGGACAAUAUGCUUGGACCAGGACAAUAUGCUUGAACAGGGACAAUAUGCUUGGACCAGAGCAAUACACUUGGACUAAGACAAUACACUUGUACAAGAACAACACAUCAGUCCUGUCAACCUUCUAGGAUCACUUUUGAACUAUCUGCUGUCCCCUUACUUCAGGAGUGGGGUGUGACCAGGAUCACCUUUGAGCAGGACCCGGAGCCAGUUUGGCAAGAACGAGACAACAGUGUCAAAGAUCUGUGUGCCAAACAAGGAGUAGAAUGGAUUGAGCGUGUCAGCCACACAUUGUGGGACCCGCAGUUGUAAGUGUACCAGUGUAUAAAUCAGGCCUGAAUUCCUACAAGAAUUUACAAGUUGAUUAUCCUUAAGAAAAUUCACACAUGGAGCUUUAUAAUUUCAAAACUUGAUUUGGUAAUUGUAACAUAAUGAUAUUUGAAGUUAAUUUGCAGUUGAGUGAAGGGCAUUAUUUCGUUAUAGAGCAUUGCUACACAGACAUAAACAUAGAUAGUUAGGAACUACAAAACGCAGCCAUAUUGUUUUGAAGGAAGAUAGCGGCUGGGAAGAUUUGGUCUCAUGUUUUUUUCUAAAUGAAAUGGGUGUAUUAUGACUGAACUGUUUUUAACCAUCAUGUCAUUAUUCAUCAUAUGAGAACCUCAUUCUCUGUAGUUUUAUGUACACAUAAAUAAAUGAUAUGUGAAUUCUUGGACUUUGUAUUUUUAAAGUUGUGAGAAAUAAUUAGUUGUAAACCCCCAUAACUGAUAUUAUUACUAUUAUUAUAGGUGGUUUUAUAUAGGGCAGUACCCCAGCCAAGGGCUAGGCUCACUGCGCUUCACAUAAAAAUUAGCUAUUGCAGAGAUGUAUGCAUUUAAAAACAACAACUGGUGAAAAGCUUGACCUCCCCCACCCUAGUGCUAUCUACCCCUGUCUAGCCAUGGACAACACCCAGCAGCAUCGAGCUUUUGGGGGGGGUGGGGGGGGGGGGGGGGGGGAAUGAGUCGGAAUAGUGCAGUUUGAAGAGAUGGGUCUUUAGGGCAGUUUUGAGGUAUCUACUCAGGUCUUAACAACUUAUAACAGUAACAGUGAUAUCAGUAUAGGAAGAAAGGUUACAGUAAUAUAUUCAUUCAUAUUUACUUUAAUGUACUGAGGCCAUGCCAAAAGUAAUAUAGAUGGAGUGUUAAGAUACUGACUAUUAAUAAUUCAUUAAAUAACAAGUGAUAACUGUCAAUACAUUCAAUCAAAUGAACUUAUAAGUGAAAUUUUGAUUUUUUUUAGCAUUGAUUAUUAAGUACCUGGCAAAUAUUUUUCUUUCUUUGAAUCUCUAUUGGAUUAAAAUUUCAUACAGGAUAAUCAAAGAGAAUGGGGGCAGUCCACCGUUGACCUAUGCCAUGUUCUGUCAAGUAACUGAGAUUGUUGGACAACCUCCCACGCCAAGGGACGAUCCAGACUUUGAGGGCAUCACACUUCCUGUCUGUGAGGACCAUGACAAAAAGUACCACCUGCCCACCCUUGCUCAAUUGGGUAAGUCCUGGAUCACAGUGUAGUGGUUCUCAAACUGUCACAUGUGGAUUAAUUCCUGUUGCAUUAACUUUAUCAUUGUAAUCAGUUGUUAAUUUAAACUUAGGAUUGUGUACUGGUGACAUUUUUCUUGUUACAACAUUUAACACCAUAUGUUCUGUGUGACUUUAUGAAAUCCUUUAUUUACUUAUUAAAACUUAAAGGAGCACUGUAAUCAUGAGAAUUAUCACCCAAGUGUAUUUUCAGUGAAUUCUCAAAUGUUUCCGCACAGGCGUGGAGUCAGAAUCUGAUCAACAGACCAGCCCAUACUGUCGUUAUCUUGGUGGUGAAUCAAAAGCUUUGAAACUUCUAGCCACUCGCCUAGAAAGUGAACGGAGGGUAAAUAUUUGUCAGAGUUUCUAGAUGUAGACUUUAGAGAUGACAUUUUAAAAUACUGUUUCCUUCAGAACCUCCAACAGAUAUAAUUUUGUAAAAUAAACCAGUAAAUAAAUUAAAGAAUUUCUAACAGAUUUUAAUGGCUAAACAGACGCUUUGAUGCAUGAAGCCCCCCCCCCCCUUUUUUUUUUCCCCCUCCCAAAGUCAGAAGGAAGAAAUGAGAACAAAAUGUUUUUCCCUGUACUUCAUAGCCCCACCCUCUAUCCCCAAUUUAGAAAAACCGGAUUAAUUAUGACCUAUUAAGUACAGUGCAAUAACAUUACUGUUAGUUACUUGUACAUUUGAAUGUACUAAGGGUAAGUUUGAUUUACCCGUAUUUGCAGACUUGGAUGUGGCUGGUAUGCUGAUGCUCACCUCAUAACUAUAACUCCCAUCCCUUACUUUGGUUCAUGGGGCCAAGGAUGUUUUUUUUCAGGAUAUUUUACAGGGGAAACAUUGUGUCUAUUAAGCCUAUUAAGCAGUGUAUUAUGGUAGUUUAAAUGCAUGUUUAUUUGUGUACAAGUUGAUUACCUUAAAAUAAUUGUUUUCAUUUUAGGCCUUUAGCUUGGGUCAAAGCCUCCCCAAUCAACUGUUUCCUAACCUUUCUGGAAUGCCCAUGAGUCUCUCUCCACACUUGCGCUUUGGCAGUAUGUCCAUUCGUAAAUUUUACUGGUCGUUACGUGCCACUUAUGCCGAGGUAAUCUAUGCUUUUUAUUAUUUAAUCACUUUUCUAAUUUCUGAAAGUAUUUUACAUACAUAGCCACUUAUGCCGAGGUAAUCUAUGCUUUUUAUUAUUUAAUCAUUUUUCUAAUUUCUCAAAGUAUUUUACAUAUACGCUCAUGAUAUAGUGACCUCUUUUAAUGGUUUUCAGUAUUACUUUAUACCUUGUAUGUACCUUCAAACUACUUCCACUUUGCCAUGCAUGGUCAAAAUCUAUUAAUAAAAAUCUGGAGAAAAAACAUCACAAGAUAUUGAACUGUUGAAUAUUUGGUAUGUUAAUUUUUCAGUAAUCAUUUUUCAAAGUAUGUUUUUUCAUUGUUUGAAUCAGAUAUUGAGUGAUAUUUUGAUAUUUCAAUUUCAAUAUGCUGUCCCUGGUUUAUCAUUACCAUUCCCAUCUUACCUGAUGCUAACACAAAAAAUUUACACACAUUAUUCUCUUGUUUAUAAUCCUCAAUUUUAGUUUUUUCCACUAUAACAAAUAUGAGAUGAGGAUGUUUUUGCUUUUGGGGUAUUAUUGGGGCAUUGUUUUAUCAAAAAUGGAGUUGUAAAAAUAUGUUGACUGGAUUUUUAGUAAUGAUCUAUAACUGUGAGAGAUUAGGAGUCAACCUAUAUCAUUACAAUUACAAGGGGGAUAAACUUGCAGAUGAAUGGUGAAACAGGCAUCAAGAACCAUAGAAACAGUUUCAAUUUCAGCAUGGUAACAGUAUGUUCUUGCGCAGGUACAUCCCGAAACGCCUAUUCCUGCUUCAAUCACCUGUCAGCUGGUGUGGAGAGAGUAUUUCUACUGCAUGUCAGUCAACAAUCCGAAAUACAACUGUAUGAUUGGUAACCCCAUUUGUCUCAACAUUGAUUGGUAUGAGGAUGAUGAUCAGUUUAAGAAGUGGAAAGAGGUAAAAAAAAAAAAAAAUUUAAAAAAAGGAAGACUUUUAAUAAGAUAAAGUCUAAAGAGCUUUAAAAUAACAUUUUUUAACAGUAAGAGCUGGCACACUAUUUAGGAUGGUGAAUUUUUCAUUAAUAAUUCACAUCGCCCUGAAGGAAUAUGGAAACAUUUAAGUCUUCCCGCAAUCAGCCAGAGAUGUCAUCUCAGUGAUAAAUACUGAAAUUAUUAUCAGUAUUAAACAGUAAUAUUAUAAUUAUAAUCUAUAUAUAUAACUCGUCAGCAAAGGUCAAACAAGACGGGUCAAUCACCAAGCAGGCUAUUUAUAGAUAUGCCAGAGCAUGAUUCAAUAAUGAGUUCAAUAACACGCAAAAUAUAAUUCCUGAUAACUACGCUAAAUGAUUUAUAUCUAUUUUUAAUAACCCAAUUGCGUUUGAUGCGUAAUAUUUUCUUUUCGGAAAUGAAAUCGUCUCAAUUUAAGUAUUGUGUAAAAAAUAUUCGGUUUAUAAGUGCUUGGGACAUGAGAAUAUUAAUAUAGUUCAUAAGAUAAGAUAAGAUUCUUUUAUUGAUCCAAAUAAAUGGAAAUGUUUUUUGAUUGCAUUAUACAUUUUCAGCACAUAAAUAAAACAAUUUGAAGACAAGACAUUUAUAAUAAAUUAUUUCAAACAUUCGGUGAGUUCUCUUAGCAAAAUCGGGGACUUAUUAUCUCAUUCAGAUGUGUGACUUUAGAGGAAGCACGCCGGUAAAUUCGUUCAGAUUGGGGAACAAAAUAAUUUUUAUAUCGGUCAGUCCUCGCCCUGAUGGAAAGAAUUCGUCCCAAACAGCCCGAUCCUUAGUAUUUGUGAUGAAGAGGGUGGGAUGUAUCAUCCAAAAUUUGUUUAGUUUUACAAAAACAUCUUUCUUCAAAUAGUUCUUCAAGUGAAGGAUGUUUAGUUUGUGUUAUGUUCCUAGCUUUCUUGAUUAGUUAGUUUCUGCGGUGUUUAAUAUCAGACGUUGAAUUCCCACAGAAGCAGGUAAUACUGAAAUUAAGCAGGCUUCCAAUUGUUGCACUGUAGAAUAAGUUAACGACUUGCGUGAAAUAAAAAGUGUGCAGUGACGUAUCAUGGAGGUGGGGGGUGGUGUAGCAAAAUUGCAUUCUUAAAUGUGCGUAACUAGAGUUCACGUUUUUGUCAAGUAACUUUAGUAGAUAGGAAGUUCACGCAUUGCUGUCGCCAAUGUUUGGCGGGCUUCAUCUAGUUGUUAAUAAUUUUGGGGGAUAAAUUAAAUGAGAUGGGCUUUGAUUAAUUAUAGGAAAUAAAGUUUCUGAGUAACUAAUUUUUUUUUUGUCACAGGGCAAAACUGGGUAUCCAUGGAUUGAUGCCUGCAUGCGCCAGCUAACACAAGAGGGAUGGAUCCACCAAGUUUGUCGUCAUGCCACUGCUUGUUUCCUGACAAGAGGAGAUUUGUGGAUUGAUUGGGUCAAAGGGCUGGAGGUUUGUCAUUUGGACAAUUGCUAUACCGUAUUCAUAUCUCACCAACUCACUCUGGUGACAAAUGUUUUAUAAUUUGUGUUGUUUUUUUUUUAAUUUAACCCUCCCAAUGGCUGGGGUCUUUUUGUCUAUAAUUUUAAUAAUGUUACUCUUAAUCAUUUGGUUUAUUUUAACAUAUUUAACUAAGGAUAAUUCUUAUUUUCUGAAUUUGUAAGUACCAGUAUUUAGAAUAUUAUCUUGACUAAAGUAAAAUUAACAUAGCUUAUCGUGAACUGAUCAAUUCAUUUUUAAAAAAUUGUUCAGGUGUUUGAUCGCUAUUUGCUUGAUGCUGAUUGGUCAGUGAAUGCUGGAAACUGGAUGUGGGUAUCCAGCUCAGCCUUUGAAAAGGUUUUGCAAUGCCCCAGGUGCAUUUGUCCUGUUGGUUAUGGUCGACGCAUGGAUCCAAAAGGCAACUAUGUCAGGUGAUCAUGGGUUUCAUUUUCAUUCCAUCCCAGACCAUAUUAUGCUAAAAUUUCUUGACUAAGCUCAGUCUUUAAUUUCAAAUUUCUUUCUGCUCUUUUCUUGUUUCAUAACUAAGUCAUCAAAAACUGCAAUGGUUUUCAGGUAAUUUGUUGGGUUUUUUUUCUUCAAAAUGUUAAAGAAAUUCAUUAGAAAUUAAAAAGAUCAAGAAUAAAAAGACUAAUUUCUUUUUCUGAAGUUUAUGGACCUCGACAAUAGGAAACAUCUAUUCUAAAUGUCAUUACAAAUACUAGGAGGACUAUAAAAGCAAGACUGCAUUAAUUUCUAUCUCUCCUCAAAAUAGUUAUAGUUAUUGCCUUAAACAAGGAUAGUCAGGAGAGUGUCGUUUGUGCUGGGUGCAAUUUUUGAGAUCAGUAAAAUUGCUAUAGUGGAUCAUAAUCACAUAGCAAUAAUGCUUAGUUGGUUCAAUAAAUGAAGCUGCAGCAUAUGUAGAAAUAUAGCAGAGUCUUAGGUUGUAGACAAGCCCGCCUUUCCCUUAGACUAAAGAGGUCAUUUAAAUUAUUAUCAACAUCUUAGUAGCUUAAUUAAUUAUUUAUUAAUAAUAAUAAUAAACAAAUAUGUUAGAAAUAUAAUGCAUACACCUCAAAUUCUGCUUCAUCACAAUACUAUUUUAUAGACCAAUAAGGUGUAAUAGAAAUAGCAUUAAUGUUUGAAAUCUGCAGACGAUAUGUACCAGAACUAAAAGACAUGCCUCUCAAGUAUUUGUUUGAGCCAUGGAAGGCACCCUUGAAGGUACAGGAAGAGGCCAAUUGUAUCAUUGGAGAAGAUUACCCCCAGCCAAUGGUAGACCAUAAAGUGGCUUCUAAAGAAUGUCAGAUAAAGAUGGAUAAAAUCAAGGCAAAAUCUAAAGGUGAGAAAUAAAUUUAAAAACUUGGCAAAUAUGAAACAUUUCAAUUACAUUGUAUGGCUGACUUGUCCAUAGUUUUCAUAACGUAAUAUAAAGACCGCCCGAAAGUAAUUUGCUGAUUUCGGCCAAAAAAAAGUUUUAAAAAGGCUUUCGGCCAAAAGGCUUUCGGCCAAAACCGAAAGUAAACCAAAACUGAACUUUUCAGUGUUGACCGAAACCCAAAUUAAACCGAAAGUUAACUUUUCAGUUUUCAGCCGAAACCGAAGCCAAAAAAAUUAUAUCAAUACUCGUUUUCGCACACGUUCUGCUCACUGCGAGAAAUGAUGGAACAACUUUUGUGACAACUUUUAUUCAUCUCAUAUGACUCUCAUACAAUUUAUCCAAUGAAGUAAACCUUCUCCCCUUCUUUGGCUUUUAACAUUUGCAUGAAAAAAUAAUUUAAACCUGAUAAAUAAUAAAAUUUAAAUUAGUAUUUUGAUUUAAAAUUUGACUGGGGGAAGGGAAAAAUUCAUGCAAACUAGACCCUUCUUUUAAAAUAUAAUUAAAACGCAUCUAAACAUAUAAAGGGAAUCGGCCGAGAGCUUAGGCUAUCUAUUGUUUAAUGGUAUCGCAGAUUUAAAAUGUCCACACACAAGACUUGAAGAAACUCUUUUCUUCUGAGAACCCAUACAUUUUUUGUUGAAACUUGUGUUCUUAUUGGUCGACCUGAAAUUGUUUGUUUAAUGCAAUCAUCAUUUUUCUGCUAAUUUUAGAUUUGACCUAAAUUGAACAAAAGUUUAGCGAAUGUUGGUUUAGUUUGAAAAUACAGUCCCAUUACAUAAUAAUAAUUAUUUACGAAACAGUGAUACACACAUAUGAGUGUACCCUUAUGAUUUAAAUUAAAGGCAACUUUUGCCUAAUUAUAAAAAAUUGAACAAGUAAUGAUUUUUUACUAUUUUUAUUAAAUAUUACGAAAUUUUCAUUCUUGUCUUUCUUUACAUUUGUUUCCAUACACUUCACACUUGACUAAUUUGGUGUGAUAUUCUAAACUUUUAUCUCGAUGUCAAUUUAUGAGCCCGAUAACGCUAAUGUCAAUGAAUUAAUUAAUUGAGAAAGCCUAGGGAUCCCAAAUUAAAAAGAAACAAAUAAUAAUGUAAAAAAUAAUAAAGGAAAUCUUACAAUUCCCCAAGAUUUUUUUUUUUUCACAAUGCUAGUUACCUUGGACUAUAACCAAUGUUCCCUCUAAGGUUUGUUGGUUCGUGUGCAAAAUCAUAAAUUUGUGCACAAAUUUUACAGCCUACAGACACACCCUGAAGUGGAAAUUAGCUGUGCGGUACUCAAAACAUUGACUAUAACUACAUUUUUAGCAAGAUAAUGACAAAUAAAUGACUUGAAUAAUCCUAGUGUUCCCAAUUGAGAAAAAAAAAAAAAUAAUAAUAUAAAUAUUACCUUUCCCCAUAGUUUUUUUUUCCCACAAAACUAUUAACAAUUCCUUUUGCCUUAUUGAAAUUUCAUUUCUUAAAAUAUUGGACAAGUCAUGCAGCUGUGAACAGUGUUGGCAAAUUAUUUGUUAUAUAUUACCGAUGACAGCAAUACACCGAGCAAUAAUUAAUAUCGGAUUGCCAGCCGUCAUAAUGACAAUCUGACAUCUGGUAGAAGACCGAAGGAAAUUUUCACUUUCGGCCUCACGGCCGAAAGUCUCAAUCACUUUCGACCGAAACUUAACUUUUCAGUUUUGGCCAAAACAGAAACUAAGCCAAAAGUGACCAAAUGGAAACUUUGGGCACCGAAACCGAAAUUCGGUCAGUCUCUAACGUAAUAUAUAUUUGUUUAGUUUAAUUGUAAUUCAAUUUAUUUUGUUAAAUGUGUUGUUUUUUUUUAAAAAGUAAUGUUGGUGUAUUUAUUUAAAAUAAACUUCCAAAAAUCUAAACUAGUCACUUGUUGGAUCUAUCCUUUUUUCUAGUUCUUAAAAACCGGUCCAUAUUUAUGGCAGAACCUGACACCAGUCAGAUUUUCAAAAAUCCUCUUUUCGCUUUCUGGGGGGACAAGAGCCUUAGGGGUGCUUUUUAAAAGCCUCCUCCCUGCUAUUAAAUCACAAAUAGGCACCAAAAGUUGUGACUGCAGCAUAGUAACACAUGUCCCUAUGUGGUUUAAGUUGAUAUGACCACUUUCCCUCUGGAAAUAUUCAGAAUCAAAGAUGAUUUAACUUGCACAAGUUCAGUUACUUCAACACUUCAAGAUAAUACAUUCAAAUGCUCUAACUUUUUUUUUAAACCACAGACAUUCCACACAUCAGACCAGCCAAUGAGAAUGAAAUCUUCUCAUACAUGUGGUUUACCAAAGAGUUUGAGAAGAUUGACUUGUGCAAUCACAACAAGGACAAAUGUUCGUAAGUGGAAUAAAUUAAGCUUAAAAUUUUAUGAGAUUUGGAGAUAUUUUUCAGUAAAGGUUCACAUCAAGAGUUGGUCUUAAGAUUGCAAAGUCAGAUUAGAUUAUACUCUUUUUAUUUUCAAAACAUAUGGAAAUGUCAAAAGGAAUAUUAAUUAAUGCUAAUUUGUUGGUUCCUAAGAGGAGGUCCACAUAUAAGAUUUAAAUUUAAGAAUAAUUAUAAAAAAUAGUUUAGGGGAGGGGGUGGGGUGUUCAGAAUUUUGGGAUUCACUGUACUGGGUUUUAACAUGGGAAGGAUGGCAGUAGGCUUGUAUGACCGCCAACUCCAUAUAUCAUGGUCAUUCAAAGUAAUUUUUAAUAGGUACCCAUAUUGUAAACAAACUUUUUAGGUCUGUUUUAUAAUUUUUUACAACUAAAAAUUGAUUUCAAAUCUCUGUUAAAUAAGACAUGAUUUUUUUUUUCUACAAUAUAGGGAGAACGGUAUCAAUAUGUAAAUGUAAGGGAAAGUUUCUGGCCAGAGAUAAACUUCUCAGCCCUAGGUUUCAACUGGUUGUGAUGUGCCAAGAUGUUUUGGACUUUGUGAAGUUUAUCUCAAGGGAAGACAACAUUGCUCUCUUAAGAGAUUGAUACCAUUUUCAACUAUAUGGCUGUUGUUUUAGUUUUAUCCAUCAUAUUGUUCAGAACAUAUUUUAUGUUCACGAGUUUUAGUUGUUGUGAAUUGUGAUAAAUAUUUGUAAGAUAAAUAUAUACUUUGUGUUAUAAGUUAUAACAGGACAACUUUUCUUUUAAUUUAUGAGAUUUAUAGAGUAGGUCGCCUUUAAUGUUUCAGACCAUUUGCAUUCAAUCAAUCCAUUGUGAACCUAAGAUUUCUUUUAUUGUUAUUUUCUGUCUCGGGUUAAUCCUGUAGUAUAGGCCAAAACGUGCCGAAGUGUUCUCGUUUUAUAGCCAUUUUAAUUGUUUCUAUAGUAUAGUAGUUACUAUCCUAAUGUCUCAUUUUUUAUUUUAGUUAGUUUACAUGUUUUUAGUAAUUGUAAAGCGCUUAGAGCUUUAAGGUUAGCGCUAUAUAAAAAUGCCUAAAUAAAUUAAUAAAUAUUGAGGCUUUCAUUUCCCUAAAAGAAUCAUUACAAAUUAUGCUAAUCCUAUUCAAGAUAAAAUAAAUAAACUUUUUAUCGGCUUUUAAAUUGGUGGCCCAAUUCACAAUAGGUGAUUCACUGAUUGAAAUAUUUUAUUAUGUUCCUUUAUCACUGAAUAGAUUAAAAGUCAUUUAAUAUUUUAAUUAUUCACUAAGAUAUCUGCUCAAAUUUUAAAAAAAAAGUUCAACAGGUAAAGAUCACAAAAUAUCUGUUAGUAGAUUAGCAUUUUUUUGUACCACAUUGAGAACGACUGAGCUGUAAAGUGGUUUGUUGACAGGCCAAAUGAUUAUUUAGAAAAUUUCUAUAACAAUGUUUAGAGUUCUCAUUUUAUUGGAGAUUUUUUUUUAAUUUUUCUAUUGCAGAUGUACAAGUACUUAAUUUAUUUUAAUCUGUUUCAGAUAUCUAGUAUGAUGCUAAGUUUAAAUUCCAAGUGUGAUAAUAAUGAGGUGUCAUGUUUUGUUGAUAACUGUGUCACCUGUAAACUUUGCCUUUAUAUGUUAGAUAUUGUUAUAGUUAUUGCUGUAUCUUAAAAAGAAAGUGUGUGAUACAAUAAUUGUUGUAAAAUAAGCCCACCAUUAACCCUUAAUUCAGAAUAGGGACCAAGUUAAAGUUUGAUAUUUGCUGCCUACAUUAUUUGAUAACCGAAAUGAAAUUCUCUGCUCAUGAAUUUUCUAAUAGUACUAAUAGAAGAUAUUUUAAAACUUUUCAAUCGGAUUGGAGAAAAUAGAUGUAUACAAAUUUUCAAAGAUUUAUUUUGCAUUCUUUGACAUUCAUAUCAUAUUAGAUUCUUUGUUUUUAUAGUUGCCUGUAUUAAAUUAUAACAUUUCAUGGCUGUUAAAGCAAAAAUAUUCACUGUGAAUCUAAUCUUUUUGGUUUCAUGGAUGAACAGAAUGAACAUUUUGUAAAAAAAAAUAAUUCUUAUUUGAUUAUAAUAAAAGUAAAAAUAAAAUGUUGCUUUAUUUAUA